UUCCUUUUGAGACCAAAUAAAAUGGUUGCAGGCGCCGUGUCCGCCCAAUUUGAUCCGCUCAUGUGAGAUAUGUAUAGCAAAGUCCAUAUUGUGUGCUGUUAUACUUCCUGGUUUAACCUCCCAUAGAGAAAUUAAGACCGGGAUAAGUAACGACGAACCAGGUGCUAUUUCAAAAUGCGAGGUUAUGCCGUCAUAAUUGUGAAUGAAAAGCCCGUGGCGGGCUCUAAAUUUAAAGAACGUAAAGGUGGGGCUAAAGAUGCAGACAAUCUGCAAAGAGCUUUCUGCACAAAACUCAAAUUUAAGUGGUUAAAUCAAGGUCAAGGCAGAGAUCUUAAAAAGUCUGAAUGGAUCCACUCUGCGGAGGUAGCACCACCGUCAAAUUGCGACUGCAUAACUUGCAAGAUCCAGAACACAAAUCAUGAAAAUUCCGAGUGUUUCUUACUGGUCCUAAGUUCGCAUGGCGGAGAGGUCAAAGGGGAGCAGCAGAUUAGAUUUAGCGAUGGCGGGGCAGUCAAAUUGUCCGAAAUAAUCAACGCACUAAGUGACGAAAAAUGCCCGUCUCUGAAAGGAAAACCACGAAUUCUGAUUCUGCAAGCAUGCCGGUCAAAUCCUGACCGACCGGAAGCUGAACGAGAUGACUCUGGUUACGAAGUCCAAGUGGAAACUGGAAUGCGAAACAUGAAUAUCGAUGACACUGAGACAAAUUCAGCAGACGAAAACGAUACGCAGCCAGAGACCGGAAAUGAAUUAGGCCAGGGAGAUCAGCUGAAAAACCCCAACAAGACUACAGCCGAAGCGGAUCAUGAAGGAACGGAAGUUUCUUCGUCAGGCGAAGAAAGCGAUCCAGAUGUUGAGGAAGAUAACUCUGGACAGCCCCUGUGUUAUAUCUCAAAGAAUUUUCUGAUUGUGUAUCCGUCUGCUGCAGGAAAAAGGGCCAAACGAAAUACGUCAAAAGGCUCGUGGCUGAUUGACGAGUUAUGCAAAGUUAUUGAUGAGCAUGACUUUCAAAAUAACACCGAGAUGAACUUCCUUAAACUACUUACGGGAGCUGCAGGUCGUGUUGCAUGCAAAGAAGCAAAACCAACCAAAUUUAUGAAUGCACCCUGUAUUGUACAUAGGCUGAUAGAACCGCUGAUAUUUAAAGACAUAGCCGAUGAAACUGAAAACGUGCCCACUGACAAACCAGCGCUGUAAAUGUACUAUGUACAGCGAUUUGUUUCUUUGGCAUAGAUCAGUAUUUAGUGAAUAAUAAAGAUAUACGCAUCUAAUAUUAUUUCUGCCCAACAUCGACGACUGACACUAUUUGAUACCUAUCAUGUAUCACUUCACCUUCUGAGGUUGAAGACAAAUUUCAUUUCGAUCUGAAAUGCAAGACAGAAAAAAAGUAUAUAGGUAACUAUUAUACGAGUGUAUAACUUUGUUGAACUUAUGAAUUCUACAAAUAAAAGGAUACAUAUUAUACUUUUAUACUAUCAUUGUAUAUUAUUUGAAAAGACCAUCUUUUUUCAGAGAGACAAAAAUCAAUAAAUUGUAUAAUAUAUGCAUAUAAUUUAACACUUUUAUACACGUUUGUGUAAUGUGUAUGUUUAUACUCACUGUUUAUAUCUGAUUUUCCUAUUUAUGAUUACAAUGUUAAAAUUAUGUUUAAUUUCUACUAUUGCUGAGUCAUUCAAUUUUACAUAUGCCUAAAUUAUGUUUAUUAUCAAAUGUAUAUUAUG